GGCUGCUUUUGCUCUGAGUGCAGGGUGACCUCAUCUGUCGACGCGAGGCUGCACUGAGUUCGGCGACCAGGUUCCGUUGCCCUUUUUUAAGCCCUCGAGGCCCUGCGCGGCCGGCGGUUCGGGCCGCGCGCGGCAUCCCGAGCUUGACAACCUUGAACUGAGAGCAGCCUCGGAGAGCCGCCAUGGCCGCCCUCCUCUCCUUGAUCCUCGACUGCUUCAGUGAAAAAAAACAACAGAAGACCGUCCUCGACGCCGCGAAAGCCAUGGUCGACGCGAGUAGCACACCGAUCGUGCUCUGCGACGCGAAGGACGGCACAAUAGUCCACUGCAACUCUUCUUGGUCCGAGACCUGCGGCUAUUCCAUCGUGGAGGCCUUCGGGCGGACCAAUAAAGAAUUAUUGCAAGGGCCCGAGACUGAUUGUACUACUGCGAGAGAGUUAGUAAGAGAGCUCCGGUCCACAUCCUCCAGCAGAAGAGUAUUAAAAAACUACAAGAAGGACGGCACGCCCUUCUGGAACGACCUCAUCCUGCAACAUAUUGGGGAUGAAGCUUCAUCAAUAAGAGGCGAAGGCCUCGACCUCGCGUUCGUGAGGGAGGCUCCGUCCCAGACCGGUGUCCCCUACGACACGCGGGAGCCCUUCCGCUUCAAGAAGCGGUUGAGCCCCCACUACGGCGAGUUCGGCGAGGGCGCGCUAUUGGCGUCGCACGUCUCGCUCGGCGGCGUCGAGGGCACGCUGCCGCGCGUGGCGUCCGUGCGCGUCUGAUUUGGGGGGGCUAAGAGGGCCUUAAUCUUA